AAGAGACAACAGAGACACAAAGAGACCACAGAGACACAAAGCGACCACGAAAGACAAACUAUAGACAAAACAACUACAGAGACCUAAAACAACUCCACAAAUACACAAAACAACUAUGAAGAGACACAAAACUACUCAGACCAAAAAUAACAAAAACUGCUAAGAGACAAACAGUGAUCACGAGAGAUAAAAACAACGGCAAAGAAACACAAGACAUUGAAUGAAAAUAACAAUCUGUCUCUCUCUCUAGCCAGUUGUGGGUAUUUUGCAUGUCUCUCACACAGAACCUAAAACUCUGACAUGUUUCUCCCAGUUGGUCCACAGCUCAUGUGUCCCACUAAGCUGCAGGUGAGGGAGGGGGAGAGCCUGAGCUGCGAGGCGAGAGGAAACCCCCCGCCAUCCGUCACCUGGAUCAGAGACGGAGUGGUGGUCGCCGUACCUACUAAGUCCAGCAGGGAGCAUGCUGGGAAUUACACAGUUUCUGCAAAGUCUCUUCUGGGACAGACACGUUUCACAGUGGAAGUGGAGGUCCUCCCUGGCAAAGGGACUACAAACAGUUACAACGGGCAUUUCCUGUUGGCCGUCUUGCUUAUUUGGACGAUCAACUGGUCAUAAAAACUAAGGACUCAACGUGAUGUGUGAUGAUUUUUAUUCCAAAAAUCUGCGAGGGAGAUCUGCUUCUGCUGUGAGAAACGUUUGUCAGCGAAAACUCGUUCCGUCUCCCUUUCCUGCAGUGUGAUAUAUAGGUUUGUGUGCAUGUAAAUGGUCUGCAAAGGCUAAAAUCCCAAAGUUCCCCAGAGUGAGCUUCUAAGUAGCAGAUAAACCUCUCUGCUUCGAGAGAUUCUGCACAGGUACAUUUUCUUAGAAUAAUUAUUAAUCUGAUCUUUAUGUAACCCGCACAAACUAACUUCCAUAUACUCAAGACUGAAAGCUGCUGUAGAAAUAAUUCACAAUGUAUUUUUGUACAUUUCACUAAUCCAAACUCGUACUGCCAUAAAGAUUUUAUGGACACAAAACAAUGUUUGUUUGUGUCGUGUGUACAGCUGUUUUUUUUCCUGUAGAAUAAGAUACUAACAAGUGGUGUUCAGACUUUUGAAAUGCUCCAGAUCCUUCACUAAAGUCAUGUUCAUUCUGCUGUGUAUUAAAAUGCUGAAUUCUCCUGUC